AUGGCCGACUUCGAGAGGACGGUAAUGGAACAUUAUCAGAUUACGAGCCUGACCCCCGAAGUAUGGCCACAAGAGAAAGACAAUAGUGACGCCUCAGAAGGCGAGGAGGAUGCCAAUGACAAAAAGGCAAAACUCAAUCGGAGGAAGUCGAGAUAUCAGGCUCUCGAGAGAGCUGUAAGCACCAGGAGCAGUGUGGUGCCGGGAUCGGAGAUGACAGCAGAUGGCAUAGGGAACUUGGUGCAGAAGGACGAGCCGGAUCCUCUGGGAACUACAGACAGCGUCGUGCGCACUCUGAAGCAGUACGGUUUACCUCUGCAGGACGAUCCCCGCUUAAGGAACCGCUUCCUCCUCUCGUCCACCACCUUCUCGCCCGCCCUGUUCCUCUCUCAGAUGCACGCCACCGCCGACACCAACCAGCUCCUCAUGGGCCUCGAUGCGCUGUCGCAGUCCAUCGAUCAAAAGUCCGCCUCUCUCAAGGUUCUGGUUGAAUCCAACUUUGAGCGCUUCGUACGCGCCAAGGCAACCAUCGACAACGUCUACAAGGAGAUGAAGUACAGGGGCGCCGAGCCGCCCGCACCGCCCCCGGCGCGUGCCAGGGCUCACUCGCGACAUGCUAGUAGGAAUAGUUUUCGAGCGGGCAGUGGCACCAUCAAUCUCACCGCCCCGCUCACGCCGCAGGCUCCGGAUCCUCGCAAGAAGAAUGCGCUCAUCAAGGAGAGCGAGUAUGGCGUUACCGGCAUCAAGACGCCUCUGUUGGACGUCUCCGCAAAGGCAGAGGACGUCUGGGGCCCUGCCUUGGGGGGGCAGGAGCGUGAGGAAAAUCUCAAGACGGUGGCAAACUCGCUCGGCAGGUUCGGCGAGUACGUAGAGACGAGCGCCGCCAUCGCGGACAGCAUCAAGCGCAAGGACCAUGAGAGCCUGAUAGAAGAGUACUCCAAGGCGAGGAGGUUUGCAGACGAGGCCCGGCGCAUUGCCCAGCAGCUCGGCUCUACGCCGCCUAGUGACUCGCAGCUGUAUCAAAUCCUUUUAGCUGCACGCAUGUGGCACGAUGUCGAGGAGCAGAUCUCAGCCUUCAAGAGGACGGUGUGGCGGAAGCUGUCUGCGCUACACAACGUCUCCAAGUCUGAGGGCCCCGGACAGCCCCAGGAUCAGCACAUGGAGCUUAUCAGUCUGUUGCUGGAGCUCGGUGCUGAGGAUAAUCCCAUAUAUUUCUGGCUGCUGAGUCGGUACGACAACCUCAAGGGGAAGAUCCAGUCGUAUGCAGACCGCGCCAAGGUCGAGAUCGAAGUACUACGACGGAGACUUUCUAGCAGUGAGAGACCAGCACCUCGGGCCAUUGGAUCUUACUUGAGAGCGCUGGGACGCCAGUCAAUCGACUCGAGGCCUACCAAUUAUGAUUCCGGGAACGUAAUAGAGCUUUGGGAGAAGAUGCUCAUGUUUCUCAACACGCUCUUGUCUCCGCAGGGCAUUCUUGCAGAGGUCGUAGAGUUCUGGCAGACGGUGCAAGGUUUUCUAGAUGGCAAGAUUCAGCGCUCACUGCCAACAGGAUAUAAUGGCGAAUCGCUGGUGCACCAUCAGUUAUCCGAGGACUGGGCGUCAAACCUGCAGAAAGGCACGGUGGAGCUGGUGGAAAUGGUGCGUGAGCACGUCUUCAUCUUCUUCGCUGGCCCACCCCCCGAGGAUAUCUCUUUGCUAUUCUCGCCGAUGCCAUUGUCACCCAAGACGCCGAUGUCGACAACAGUCGGCGGUGCGCUCUCUCCCACCGCCUACAGAGACCCCCGAUUCAAUCUCGACCCCAACAACCUACCACCGCCGUCACCCAAACGAGGCGAGGCUUGGGAGAAGUUUGCUUUCUGGCCGCCCUGGUCGAAUUCCGUCAGUGCUGUGCACUACCUGUCGAAAAUGCUGGCUCUGGUUGGGUCUGGAGCCUCUGAGAUGGCAGCAAUCGCACCAGUAGGACUCGGUGACGCCCAGGAGCUGGACCUUCUCAAGACACUGGUCAACGUGUCGCGCGAGCGUUGCGUGGUUGCGCUCUGUGCUGCGUGGAACAAGGAUGCCGAGACCAUAAAGCAUGUCGAGGACUGGAACCGGGCGCCAGAAGAUCGAGACGUCACGAAGAUGCCGGCAUGCUUCUCAGCAUUCGAGGGCACCCUGCUUGCCGGGAUGCAAAAGAUUCUGUACAUACCCGAGGCCUCGGCAAAGGCUGGUGCUGAAGACAUCAUCACGGCCCCGCCUACGAAGCUGCUUCAGAUGGUUCGCUCCCAGUACGUUACCACUCUGUAUAAAGCGCUGAGUGGCAUGGUAGAGAAUGCCGAGAGGUCGAUCAAGAAGUCCGAUGACGAAUGGACUACUGACCCCGAAGUCCUUGGCGCUACGAGCGCGGCGAACUCGCGCCUAACAAGUUUGCGCAUGAGUUCGGGCACCAAUAGCAUCAGUGUUGGAAGUGGUACAAUUAACGCGGGCGACAGGAACGUACGGAUGCUGUUGACUCUAAGCAACCUACAACGCUUGAGGUCGGACCUGGUGCCCUCUCUCAACACACAAUUCGAAAACGCCUUCUCCGUCAAGCUCACCGACGAGACCAAGACGAUCCGUGACGUCCUCGGCCAGAUCGACGCCCGGCUGUUCCAGUCGUAUACGCGCCCGUCAAUUGAGACGCUCCGUGGCAUCAUCCGAGCCGGCGUGACAGCCGCAGACUGGGCCCCUGCCAACGGCGCCAAGCCCCGCGAGGCCCGGCCCUACGUCUACGAGGUCCUCCUGACACUAGUCCUGGUGCACUCGCAGGUGUCUACGACGGCUUCAUCGCUAACCACGCAGGUGCUCUCGUACCUGCUCGAGCAGACGUCGCGCGAGCUCCUCGAGGCCUUCAAGACUCGUCCCCGAUAUGACCUGUCGACGCUGCUGCAGGCCGCCCUGGACGUCGAGUUCGCCGCCCAGACCCUGCAGCACUACACUACGCAGCGCGCCAAGGACCUUCAGAACCAGAUCUACCAGGAGAUUGAGAGCCGCAGCGACAGGGACGCCGUGCUCAACAUGCAAAACGAGCUGCCCGAGCUGCGCAGCCUUCUCAAGCGUCUGAGGGACGCCAGCAAGAGCGAGUUUGCGUGUUUUAAAAAGGUCAAGCAGUCAAACCCGGUCCAGACAGAGCGGAAGGAUGUCGUAUGA